AGCCUUUCCCAUGCAUUCUCGAGGUAUGUCGCCCGUGAGCGUGCUACCGAACGCGUGUUCGAGAAAACAGCAAGCUCAUUCUUGCAGUAAAAACUGCGCUUGGACAUGCGGGAGGCCGAGGACAGUGAGGAGUCAGAUCCACCUGAGGACGCCUCGGAAGGCCCGCACGUGCGGCUGCGGAAAUGUCUAUUUGCGUUUGGAGUCAUCAUUGGCUUUUUGUUCCCCGUUGCGAUCGCAGUCGCAGCCUGGAAUCUGAUGGAGACCGGAGUGGCGUUUGACAGUGCGAGCGAGGCGACCGGAGGGCAGAUUCGUGCCUUCCUCGUGGUGUGUCUUGCGGCGCCGAUGCUGAUACCGCUGGGCCUCCUCAGCCCAAUGACGGGGGCACUAGUCCUUCACACGCCAGAAGCCCCCGUUGGUUUUUGGAAGGCUCUCCAGCGUGGCAUCCUCAAGUUCAAGGUGUUGGCUGGCAGCAUCCUGGUUUUCGCAAUCACCUAUUAUUUCAACCUCCUGUUGGAAUGGGAUGUGCUGAAGCAGUUCUGGGCGCUGCAGAAUCACUGCCAAUAUUUCUACCUCAAGCUUUGGGCGCUUGCGCUUUGUUCAAUUGGCUCCGCGAUCGUUGCCUUCUGGGACUUCCCUAUUCCGAUGCUUGGUGCUCGGCUGUUUUUAGCGUUUAUCGCAUUUUUCAAACUUCUACCUGCAGUCCUCCUCGCUAUGGGCUUAGCUCUUUACGUCAAUAAUCCAAGUGAGGAGUGGCUCGAGUGGGGUCUCGCCCCAUUCGAAAAGCUCCGGGCGUCAUCACAUUUUGUUGAAGUGUUCGUUUUAGCAUUGCCCUCGAUGCAAAUUGAGAUCGCCGCCUUGCUGUCAGGAACGCCAAUAGACGAUCGCAACGAACUGCUGCUCUCUUCGCUCAUAAGCCUCAUGACCGCCACGCAUGCGUUUGCGUCAAUGGAUUUGAAAGGAAUGGUUUUUCGCCGUGUUAGCGGCAUUCCGACUGUUUGUGGCACAGCUGAGAGCAUCUCUGUGGUUUUUAUUUUGGUCUACAGUUUUAGAUUUUGCAACAUUGGGAGCCGUGUUCUUCUAUUCCCACUUCUUCAUAUUACGUGCAUGGAAUAUCAUGUUGGAACUGUAUUAUUUGUUGGCGAUCUCAUCGCGCAGUGCUGGCUUAUCUGGAGGGCGACACAGAGCACUCCCAAGCUCCUUUUUGCAGUUGCCAACGUGUUCUCAGUUACAGAACCAUUGCUUCUUAGCGAAGGUUCAGUCUGCACAGUAAACGUGCGUUGCUGGUUAUCUGUCCAGUUCGUUGAACUCUUUCUAGUUGUGGUUACACUUUGCUGCAAGCCAGCUCUUGUGGUGGAAUUGUACGAAUCAGACCAGUUGUUAUGUUUGUUGUUUGUUGCCUUCUCUGUUUUGCAGUGGCCUCUGAUCCUUGUUAUCCGUUCAAGAUUCGUUCACCGAUUCGAUGGUGCGGAUGCAGAGCCAGUCAUGGGUGCCAUGGUCAAUCUAUUUUCACAUGGAUACGCUCGCACAAGGUGGGGACCUGAUGCCGCCGAUUGGAGAUCGCCCAUCGGACUUGCUCGGAACAUGUGGUGGCCUUCGCUCAGAAACAAACAAGGAACGUGGAAUGGCUCACUCCAACUGUUCGGGGAUCUCGGCGUCAAAGUUGUUGCCCUGCUGUUUCAAAACGAUCCGCAUUGUAAGGAAUUGUGGUUAGAGAUGAAUUCAAUAGGUGACGAAGGUGCGAAGUACAUUGCUGAGGCUCUGAAGCAGAACGAAGCACUGGAAUGGUUGGAUCUCGACCAGAAUCUCAUCACAGACGAAGGGGCCAAGGAGUUGCUGCACGCACUUGAAGAACGUCCCGUGCGUCUACACAAGCUCUGGUUGCGCGCAAAUCCCAUCCGUGACGAGCGCCUCAAAGUGGCGCUCGAGAGCCUCGUGUACGAGCUUCGCAUAGGAGACUUGGACGACGAAGAGGGUGAGGAUCACAUGGGCACCGAGAGCGACAGUGACAGUGACGUCGAGUGGUGCCUCACUGGUGAGACGCCCUACUCUGGUCCCGUGGCGGCGACCUACGUCGAUGCCUAGUUGAAGCAAUUACCUGGUGUUCUUCCUUCCUCCCAGGCAGCAGGUUUUGACAGCCACGCUGCCACCCCAUCUCUCGCAACUCGCACCCAUUCAGAUGCGAACCGAUUUCUCCGCCAAGCUUUCCUCAUUGUGUACGCUUUGUUGGCUCAUCGUUUCGCGCUCCCGCUCGAAGUAGUCCUUUGGAUUGUUUCAUGCGAUGAGCCUGCUUGGAAAAAGACACAAGGAGUGACUAACAUUCUUUCGUCAGGUGCUACGUGACCUUGAGGAGCUCUGCGGCGCUUCUUGGCGGACGCUCCCGCGUGCCCAGCACUCACACGCUUCGGUCGUUUCUUGGCCUGAGUGGCGCUAUUCAGACUUUUUAGAUAUUUAAACAUGUUGGAAACAUGUUUAGAACAUGUUUGACACAUUUUAGACACAUGUUUAACUUAAUGAGAGGAUUGUUAGAGUGUCCAUUGCCGUGGCAUCCACAACAGCAG